GCCAGUUCUUGAGCUAUUUUUGAGGAAAUGUGGUGAAUGUAAUCUUACUCUGUUUGAAGGCAAAAUUCUGUAGAGGCUUGAAUUAGCCCUUUUGGCCACAGCCUUGCGUUGGGAUUUCAUGUUGAGCUGAUUGCCCAUCAGAACCCCCAGUCUCAUAUUUAGUCUCUGCUUCGGAGGAUAGAGUCCUCUCUCUCCCUCUCAUCCUGAUUUUAGAUAAUGGGCUGUGUGCAAUGUAAGGAUAAAGAAGCAACAAAACUGACUGACGAGAGGGAUGGCAGUUUAACUCAAAGCUCAGGCUACCGCUAUGGGACAGAUCCCACUCCACAGCAUUAUCCUAGCUUUGGCGUGACUUCAAUUCCAAACUACAACAACUUCCAUGCCACAGGAGGCCAAGGAUUGACAGUGUUUGGUGGAGUCAAUUCCUCCUCUCACACAGGGACGCUGCGAACAAGAGGAGGAACAGGUGUAACUCUUUUUGUGGCACUUUAUGACUAUGAAGCAAGAACAGAAGAUGACUUAAGUUUUCACAAAGGAGAAAAAUUUCAAAUACUUAACAGCUCGGAAGGAGACUGGUGGGAGGCCCGGUCCUUGACAACAGGCGAAACUGGUUAUAUUCCCAGCAAUUAUGUGGCUCCAGUCGAUUCCAUCCAAGCAGAGGAGUGGUACUUCGGCAAACUUGGCCGAAAGGAUGCCGAGAGGCAACUAUUAUCAUUCGGAAACCCAAGAGGUACCUUCCUUAUCCGGGAAAGUGAAACUACCAAAGGUGCCUAUUCCCUGUCCAUUCGUGACUGGGAUGAUAUGAAAGGAGAUCAUGUCAAACAUUAUAAAAUUCGUAAACUCGACAAUGGUGGCUAUUAUAUCACAACUCGGGCACAGUUUGAAACUCUUCAGCAGCUGGUUCAGCAUUAUUCAGAGAGAGCUGCAGGUCUUUGCUGCCGCUUAGUAGUCCCCUGUCAUAAAGGAAUGCCAAGGCUUACUGAUCUGUCUGUCAAAACCAAAGAUGUCUGGGAAAUUCCACGAGAAUCCCUACAGUUGAUCAAGAGACUGGGAAAUGGGCAGUUUGGGGAAGUAUGGAUGGGUACGUGGAAUGGAAAUACUAAAGUGGCCAUCAAGACUCUGAAGCCUGGCACUAUGUCUCCAGAAUCGUUCUUAGAAGAAGCCCAAAUCAUGAAGAAGCUAAAACAUGACAAACUGGUCCAACUUUAUGCUGUGGUAUCUGAAGAACCCAUUUAUAUUGUCACAGAGUACAUGAGCAAAGGAAGUUUGCUAGAUUUCUUGAAAGAUGGAGAAGGAAGAGCCUUGAAGUUACCGAAUUUAGUGGACAUGGCAGCCCAGGUGGCUGCAGGAAUGGCUUACAUUGAGCGAAUGAAUUAUAUACACAGAGAUCUGCGAUCUGCAAACAUUCUGGUGGGGAAUGGCCUCAUAUGCAAGAUUGCUGAUUUUGGAUUAGCAAGACUGAUUGAAGACAACGAAUACACAGCAAGACAAGGUGCAAAGUUUCCCAUCAAAUGGACUGCGCCAGAAGCAGCAUUGUAUGGAAGGUUCACAAUAAAGUCAGACGUGUGGUCUUUUGGGAUCCUACUGACAGAGCUGGUUACAAAAGGGAGAGUGCCCUAUCCAGGCAUGAAUAACCGUGAAGUUUUGGAGCAAGUAGAGCGUGGCUACAGGAUGCCAUGUCCUCAAGACUGUCCCAUCUCCUUGCACGAGCUUAUGAUCCACUGCUGGAAAAAAGACCCAGAGGAGCGUCCCACAUUCGAAUAUUUGCAGGGCUUCCUCGAAGACUACUUCACUGCAACAGAACCCCAGUACCAGCCCGGCGACAACCUGUAGAGCCCCGCUCCGCACACGUCGUCGCCGUCGUGAUCCACCGGGCGCUUCCCAGCCCUGUCCCGCCUGCCCUUCGGCUCCCGCUCGGCGACCGGCGUCUCCGGAGCGCAGCGUCUCGCGGCACCGCAGCGCGUGGGGCCGUGGUAGCGAACCGCCGCAGCCCUUGCCCGUGACCACUCGUCCUAACAGCCUGAAUGUCCGCAACGAAAGGGGGAAAAACACUCGGUUUUUCUUAAUCAGAGACUCCUAAACUGCAUUGUAUCGAUGUUAUGUAAACUGCAAAACCUCUGUUCAUUGUAAAUAGUAACUCAGUGCCAAUAACGGAUCCUAGUGCUUUCCUUUUUUUAAAACGCGAAACCUAUGUGAUUUUAACUAGUCUUCUCCUGAUUCGACUAAAAGUGUUAUUUUCCAGAAGUGGCCUCUUUGUCUAAAACAUUUUUUUUCAUGUUUUAACAAAUAAUAAAAAAAAGAAAAUCAGGACAGGUGUUUGGUUUU